AUGACCAUUGUUGUCUUGAAUAAUUGGAAGUUACACCAACUUGAUGUUAAUAAUGCUUUUCUACUUGGGAACUUAAGUGAAUCUAUUUAUAUGGAACAACCACCGGGAUUUCUUGACCCGCAGUUUCCAGAUCAUGUUGGUAAACUGAACAAAGCUCUUUAUGGGUUACAACAAGCUCCACGGGCCCGGUUUCGUAGACUAAGUGACUUUCUUAAUCGUAGUGGGUUUACCUCCUCUCGGGCUGACCCAUCUUUGUUUAUUUUUAACAAAGGCACAUGUGCUAUGUAUGUUCUUGUAUAUGUUGAUGAUGUUAUUGUGACAGGUAAUCAAGGACACAAACUACAUGCAUUUAUUAAAGCUCUCAACACUGAGUUUGCACUUAAAGAUUUGGGUGAACUUAGUUACUUUCUUGGCCUUGAGGUUGUUCACAUGAAUCAAGGUUUGUUUAUACAUCAAGCGAAAUAUGCUACCGAUGUGCUUGAACGAGCUCGUAUGAUGGAUGCAAAACUGGCGGCCACACCUCUCUCAUCCACGGUCUUGUUUUCCUCAAUGGGUGACCCGUACCAUGAUCCGACUUUUUAUCGAUCCAUAGUUGGUGCACUACAAUACUUAACUAUCACUCGUCCUGAUCUUUCAUAUGCCGUGAAUCAAGUGAGCCAAUUUUUACAUGAUCCAACAAUACAACAUUUUCAAGAAGUCAAACGCAUCCUUAGAUAUGUUAAAGGCACGAUUUCAUAUGGGCUCAAUUUUACCAAACCAACAAAUGUUAAUAUACUUGGGUUCACUGAUGCGGAUUGGGCCAAGUGUCUAGAAACAAGGAGGUCCACCUAUGGUAAUUCUAUCUUCCUUGGUGGCAAUCUUGUGUCUUGGAGUUCAAAGAAACAACCAACUGUGUCUCGCUCCAGUUGUGAAUCUGAGUAUCGGGCCAUGGCUAAUACGGCGGCAGAAAUUAUUGGUAUAACUCAUCUUCUAAGUGAACUUGGUGUCCUACCUACAAAGUGCCCAACGCUUCUAUGUGAUAACCAAAGUACACUCUUUAUAACUCAGAAUCCAGUUGCUCACAAGCGGGUUAAACACUUGGAACUUGACUAUCACUUCAUUAGAGAGCUUGUUGCUUUGGGUAAUUUACUCACCAAGUUCAUUCCAUCCAAGCUUUAG